UCGCCAGCGGACGUAACGUACACGGACGCCCACCAUGGCGCGCAUAUGUUUGUGGCUCGUGUUCUUUCUCGUGACCGUUUACAAUUCGGAGGCGCAAAACUUGAUAACAGACGAAGAACAGGCGAAGGUAUGGCUGGACCAGUACAACUCUAUGGCGGAGAACAUCUUUUCCUUAGCUGAAGAGGCGAACUGGGCGUACGAAACGGACAUAACACCCCAACACCAACAGGCGCAGGUACAGGCCAGUUUGAACAGGGACAGGUUUAAGAAGGAAGCGUACGUCAAUUCUACGAAGUUUGACGUCAACUCCUUCAACAACGAGACGGUCAAACGGCUCUUCAGCAAGAUCAAAAACAUCGGGAACGCCGGACUCAGCGACCAGACCAAGCUGAACAGGUUGACUCAGCUUCUGGCUGACAUGAAGCAGGUUUACAGUACCGGGAAAGUCAAGGACGGCGACCGUGAACUUGUAUUUGAACCAGAUCUGACGAACGAGUUGGCAAAUGGCCGUAACUACGACCGGCUGCAGUUCAUCUGGCAAGGGUGGCGCGACGCUGUUGGACCGACAUUGCGCCCCAUGUACCAGGAAUACGUCACCCUUAAGAAUGAGGCUAUCACAGAGUUGGGUUACGAUGACGUGGGUGAUUACUGGCGUUCCUGGUAUGAGACCCCCACGUUCGAAGAUGACCUUGAGGACCUCUGGCAGGAGGUCAGACCCAUGUACCUGGAGCUGCACGCCUACGUCAGACGGCGGCUGGGAGAGUUUUACGGCGGAGACAAGGUGGACCAAGAUGACCCCAUCCCUGCUCAUCUGUUUGGUAACAUGUGGUCCCAACAGUGGAACAACAUUUACGACCUCGUGGAACCGUUUUCCGGCAAACAGAGGAUUGACGUGACGAGCGCCAUGGUGAACAAGGGUUGGGACGCUUUGCGGAUGUUUAACGAGUCGGAGCAGUUCUUCACGUCGCUGGGUCUGAUCCCGAUGACUCCCGAGUUCUGGCGGGACUCCAUGAUAGUCCGUCCUGAGGGGAGGGAGGUUGUUUGUUACGCCUCAGCAUGGGACUUCUAUAAUAGGAGAGACUUUCGGAUUAAGAUGUGCACGGAGGUGACCCAGGAUGACCUGCAGACGGUUCACCAUGAGAUGGGGCAUAUCGAGUACUUCUUACAGUAUAAGGAUCAGCCUGUGGCGUUCCGGGAGGGAGCGAAUCCUGGUUUCCACGAAGCUGUUGGCGACUGUCUGGCUCUGUCCGUAUCCACCCCUAAACAUCUGAAGGAGAUCGGCCUCAUCGACGGUGUACUACAGGAAGAUGACGAAGCUGACCUGAACUACCUGAUGAAGCAGGCCCUGGAGAAGAUCGCGUUCCUCCCGUUUGCGUACAUGAUGGACCAGUGGCGCUGGAAGGUGUUCGACGGCAGGAUCACUGCGGACAACAUGAACCAGGAAUGGUGGAAACUCAGGCAGCAGUACCAAGGUAUCAUCCCACCCGUGAGCCGGAGUGAGACGGACUUUGACCCCGGAUGUAAAUUCCACAUCCCAGCUGACGUUCCUUACAUCAGGUACUUUGUGAGUUUCAUCGUCCAGUUCCAGUUCUACGAAGCGAUGUGUAACGCUGCCGGCCACACCGGUCCGCUGUACAAGUGCGACUUCUACAGGUCCCCUCAAGCUGGACAACUGCUCGGGGACAUGCUGAAGCUGGGUUCCAGCCGGCCCUGGCCCGACGCGAUGGAAGCCAUCACGGGAGGCAGGAGGAUGUCCGCUCGCCCGCUGCUCAACUACUUCCGGCCGCUCACCGACUGGCUACGUCAGAACAACACCGCCAGUGGAGUCAGGACCGGAUGGACCAAAUUCGAGCCAUGGACUUCCAGUGCGACAAAGACGGCAGAAUCUGUCAUGACGACCGCCCUGUUCUCUGUGCUGUGUUGUCUGUUCUUCAGUUUGAUGGGCUGAGCGAACACAGGGAAUAGCUCAACAGCUCAACUGUUAUGAGAUUGACUAUAAUACAGAAAGCAAUAACAGCUUGCAAGUUCUUCAAAGUCCGUUCUUCUUCGAGAAAAGCAGUUACAGUUUUUGAAAGCUAAAAUGUUCAGCACGAAUUGUUAGCGAAGAUUUAACAAAAGUGGGGAAGGUUGCUUUUGGCAUUUGAUGCUAUAGGAAGGAAAUUAUCAGACUUAAUUAUAACCUUUCGCCUUGUCGCUUUUAACUUGUCGUUUAUUGUAAAUCUCGGUUUUCUUGAAUGUAAAUCCCUGAAUACAGUGUUACCAUGUGUUACCUAAGAUUAUGUUCUUACAAUAUUUGAUGACAGGUUCCAAUAAGUUCUGAUAAGGCCACACCGAUUUAAUUUUAUGGAUGACAUCCGCGCGCGCAUUGAUUUU